GGCACUCCAGCUCGGUGGAUACGGAGUCAAGGGCCAUGCGCACUUGUGUGCCUUAAAUGUGCCCGUGCCCUGCCCUGCCCUGCCCCGCUCUGCCCUGCCCUGCAGGCCAGGGCACACUGACACUACAGUCGGGCAGUGCACCAUGUAGGGACAGAGAGUUCAAAAACAGACGCACAUCGCGGCCAGCAGCCCGCCAGCCGCGCCGGACGUUGUAAAUUCGAGCAGCGCGGUUGCUGGCCGGCGCGUGCACAAGAGGGCUCUAGGAACGGAGGGAGCAGGAAUUUGGGCUCGUCCGGCCGAAAGGGUGAGUGUAAUCUGGGCUUGCGCGUGGUGACAGGCCGCAGAGUCUGGAAGAAUGCUCUCUUCGAGGGAGAAGGUCGGACGCACUUCUCUCGCGUGGUCAGUGGUCGAUGGGGUGCCCUCGACCCCCGCCGGUUUGUAAUUCGAAAUUCGGGUGCUUUGGGUGUCGUGAAAUCAGAUUGUCCACGUUCUUCGAAGGUACGCGCUGUUCCGAGGCUUGUGACGCGUUCUUCUUCGGAGGAUAUCUUCGGUUCGUUUGAGGAAUUUUUUUUUCUUGUUUGUCUACGAGCGAAUGGAUCGUUUCUGCCCGUCGUCUAUACAUUUUCGUCAAAUGUACGCGUUCUUCAAAGUGGAUAUGGAUUAUGAAGGCACCAGUGCAUUCGAAUGUCCUUCGAAUGCACUGCAGUUGCAGACUAGAGUAUUAUCUUCUUACAACUGAUGUUUCUGGGUGAUCGGCGGAAGGUCAGCCUGUAGAUAGUACCAGCCCUCACGGAACACACCGGUUUAAACCUUCUACAUCAUUUCGAGCAAUCUGGAGUCCAUGUCAGAUAAUCCAAAGCAUUGCCGAGGAGAAAUUUUCUAGAAACAGCGUAUCGUUUCCUCAUGAAUCCUGAAUAACUUACGGGAUUUUAGCUGCUCCUCGCGUCUUCACGCUCAGGGGCCAUGUUUCAAAAAGAAAUCCAUUCCUCCCAGAAACCUUUGGCGAGGGCGAGCAUGAAACAUGAUUUUGUAUCUCAAUUUGGUCCCAGCCACGUACCUGGCUUAACGAGUAGACGCUCCUCCUUUGACAUCUGUUCACAACUGAAAUCAAACACCGUCAUAGCACUGAGCUCACUAGCUUCCGAGGGUGAAGGACAGUUGUACGGCGUGCGUUGCUUGAUUGCCGGGGUGUGGAGUUUACAGAUGCAGGCUGGUCUGCAACCGUACGAUCCCGCAGUUCAGCUCGUUGUCGUGAAUCGGAAUGGGAUACUUGGCUUAAGGUCUGCCAUAGCUGAAGGCAGAUUGCUUGGAUGCAAUCGUCAUUACCAUCUAACUUUCGAACACUGGCAGAUGGAGUCUCAGGAGGCCUGGAGUUUGGAAGGUGACUCGUUGUUGGACUGCACCUUGCGGAACGAGAUGCACAAACUAACGCUAAAUAUCCGCGUCACAGUGCUGGCUGAGCCGACUGAUAUUCUUGGGAACAUUCGGAUCACGCCUGCACUAAUCACUACUUCCGUUUCUAGGCUGGAUCGAUCUGAAACCUCAAAGCCCAGCAGUGCCUCGUCUUCGCACGUCAAAGGGAGAGUAGUGCUGAAAGGUGAAAGAGACUCCGGUGAAUCCCCUCGCCUUUACUUGGUAAGGCCAGGUUCCAACACAAAAUGUUCAAAUCCUUUUACGCACCAACGAGAUAAGUCGUCUUCACAGGAGAUAAAGACCAUCUCUGCGAUGUUGUCCAAGACAGGAGGUCAGGGGAAGGCUUUGCACUCCUCUUCACAAAUCGUUGACGAGAGAAGCACGACUUCUUCACCGACAGGUGGAAUGUAUACUUUCUCUUCAUUUCCGAAGUCAGAUUCGCCUCAAGAUACACUUUUUCCUACUCAGAUUACUCCAGAAGAAGCCAAGCCGGAUGGACACACAUUUUUUAGGGAAACUACUGCUGCCAACUGGAAGCGGACGAUUCCAAGCGGUGAAAAUGGAGUACAGCAUUCAUCGUUACCGGCAAAAACGAGAUUCAUGGAACCGGAGUCUCAUUCAGAUGCAAACUCCCAAGAACAUACUCGCAACCACGCAGUAGAAACUAGUGCUCACCCUUCCAAACCUUCACCACCAGAAAACCCACGUAAGGUAAGAAAGUGGAAGAGGAAUAGUGAGGGCAAUCAGAAGGUUUGCAUUGCUGAUCUACAUGGAGACAAAAGACCCAAUCUUGAGCUGAAGUUGAGUCCAGUGUCAGUGGAAGUUUACGAUGCGGAUGAGGAAGGCACGUUGUUGUCCCCGGGUAGAAGUAACAAAAGUAGUUCACCCAAUGAUGGAGAACACUCUCCACAUGUGGUUGUCAAGAGACAAACUAGAUAUCUUGCUACGAAGGUGGACUCUGAUGUGUCUCCUACAACUCCGCAACAUGAGGUGAAAAGCGAUCUCUCUGAAAGUAGCGGGGAAAAGUUAAAAUACUCUAAAAGUCAACUGGACGCUGCACUCAACAACUUGAGGAAAGAUGCCGCUCGCCAGGAGAAGGAAAAAGUGAUUCACUGGAAACUACAGGCAGCUGUUCGUCUACUCAAAUCAGAGACCCAGCAAAAGCUUACUUUGAUUGCUAAGACCUCUCUGGAGGAAUUGUUCGUGCGAACUACAACAAAGGACGCGAAGAAAAGGAAUUGGUUCUCUUAUAGUGAAUCACCGCCAAAAAAAUCAGUCAGCUGGAAGCGAAGUUUGAAACCCACAACCAACACUAGUACUUUCCACCACAACAAACGACCUUGGACGUAUUCCUUCAGACAUGGCGCAGUUUCUAAAGAGGAGGAGGUAUUGUUAGCUGUUUCUUCCAUGGGAAAAAACAGCUCCUCUGGUCUGCAAACGCUUCUUAAGCUCUGGUUUUUCUUGCCAGUGCCACUUUUAGCUCUUGUCUUUGUAACAAUAAUUUAUCGGAGGAAGAAAGCAACUAUUUAGAGAAUGUACAUCAGGUUCCAGUGUCAAGCAUCAAGUACACCUGAGAGUCGAUGACGAGGAUUUCUGCAAUCUUCUCCGAUUUUUCCAAUCUUCCAACCAAGACUACCUUCUGAUUGAGCGAAGCCAUUCUAGCUUCACUUACACAAGCAACGUCCACCUUGAGCUUCUGCAGCAGCCGAAUGAGAUUCUUGUAUCGAUGGAGGUCUCAACACGAUGAAGUUGCGAGGUUGCAUUCAAGAACAAGGAAGACCGCUAUUCGGGGAUAUACUGUAUAGUGUUUGACCAAAUGUGUAUGUAUUGUACAAUGAUUUGAUGGCGAAGGAUUGUGGAUUUUGCCCCUUAUGUGACACGGCUUGCGUAUCUGCCUCUUCACUCUAUGGCUAGUCAUUAUUGUUAUAAAAUAAGAAGUCACUAUUACGACCUGAUUCUUUACUUGCUUGACAAGAUGAUGUCUCCCAACAAAUGAGCAUCUGUCUAGUUGAAAGCUGAAAAGUACACCUUUUAAUAUGACCUACUGUAUUAAGGUUCAUAUAUUGGAGCCAUUAAUAUUUGACACUGCCAGGCGCUCUUGCUCAGCAUGGUGGAAUGUUUAUCUUCUCCCUGCGCUAAUGCUUCUGUGAAUGCCAUGGUGCGGUCACAUCUAUCAGAAGGAGAUUCCGACCUUCUGAAAGGUAGGUCACGUUGCAGCUUGAUAGACAGGACUUGCAUGUGAUUCCUCUAUUGAUAUGUUAAAACCUUCUCUCUUCCCAUGCAGGUAUCCUUCUGGUUUCUAUUCAGGUAGAAGCACCGUCGGAGGUCAAGGAUGUGAGACUGUUGUUAGAGUCCCCCAAAAUGAUUUUGGACAUCUGUACCUGCUUUAGUAUGUGCAGAUGAAAUAUGCACAUACUACGGGUGUCACAUCAUGUCAUGGGUGGUGUAUGGAAAUGACUUAGAUUGCUCGAGAAGAUUCCAUGUGACUCUCUAGCAUGUGGGAUUAAUCUGAUCAGUGGAGUAAUGUACAUACGCAGGAUACUUAAUAUGCAUGAAUAGCUUUGGAUCAGCCAAUAUUGAAAGUUAAAAACAACGUCCUCUCUUCUCGAGUUAGAGGAAGACGUUAUACAUCUUGUGGAUAUUUUCCUCUAAUUGCUUGC